GGCCAAGCAGCAUGACAAAAGAAGAGGCGCCACUUUUAUGGCGGCUGCGGUUCUUCGUUUCUCGCACAGCAACCUUGGCUGUUUGACAGGCCUUCAAGCUUCAGCCUUCAGUCUAAGAAGGAAGGUAUGCUCCUUGAGAUUUAUACCCAACUCCCUGGUUGCUCGGCGGCGCAGCGAGAGUGUCAUUGUCGCAGGGAGGGACAGCAAUCACAGAUUUGUAGUACAAAUCUGUACUUCCGUUGACAAGCGGACUGAAACAGACCUAAUUUGUAGUACAACACUAAGUUGCUGCAGUGCGGGCGGCACCAAAGUAGUGGCUGAAAUGGAUGCAGCCAGCCCCUUGAAGAAGCAAAAGCUACCGCCCUUUGAUCUGAACGCCGCCGACGCUUCACUCACACGCCCUGAAGCCCCGCGCGUAGACAUCCCAGCAACUAACCCAAGCACGGACGGUCCCAUCGCUGACGUGAGCCCUACAGAGCCCGAACCCUUGAUUGCAGGCAUGACAUCAGCAUUGCCUGACGGUCCUGCUCAAAGCAGCCCUAACCCCUCACCUCCAGAGAACACCCCCAGACCCCUCAUGAUACUCAGAUCAGGCAUUCCCCCGGGGCUUUCUCCCAGGGCGCAGCGGGCCUGGGAGCACUACAGAAAGCUGGGGUCUCCAUGGAGGAUUGUGGCACCGAUGGUGGACCAGUCGGAGCUGCCCUUCAGAAUGCUGUGCAGGAAGCACGGGGCAGAUGCGGCCUACACGCCGAUGCUGCACAGCCGGCUGUUUGUGGACAGCGAGCGGUACAGGAAGGAGCACUUCACGACAUGCCCAGAGGAUAGGCCCCUCUUUGUCCAGUUCUGCGCAAACAACCCCGAUACCCUGGUGGAAGCAGCGCGCUACGUGGAGCCUUACUGUGAUUACAUUGAUUUGAACUUGGGAUGCCCCCAGGCCAUUGCCAAGCGCGGCAACUACGGCUCCUUCCUGAUGGACGACCUCCCCCUCGUGCGCUCUAUCGUCUCCGCCCUCUCCGCCGCUUCUUCCGUUCCGGUUGCCUGCAAGAUUCGGAUGUUUCCGAGCAUCGACGACACAAUAGCGUAUGCGCGUAUGCUGGAAGAAGCGGGUUGUCAGUUACUGGCAGUCCAUGGGCGCACGCGGGACCAGAAGAGCGCGCGGCUCACGGCGGACUGGCACGUGAUCAAGGCCGUCAGGGAGGCGGUCAGCAUCCCCGUCCUGGCCAACGGCAACAUCCGCAACCUUUCGGACGUGCGCGCCUGCAUGGCCUUCACGGGCGCGGACGGCGUCCUGUCCGCCGACACCCUCCUCGAAGACCCCGCCAUGUUCGGCCGCGAGAUCGACCCCCCCGCCGAGAUUUCUGGCAGGGUGUCGGAAGCUCUAGACGUCCCCCAGCCCGGCACGUGGCACGCGCUCCCGCUGAUGACGCCGCCUGACGUCAUCGAUGUGACGAUCGAGUAUCUGGAGAUGGUGAAGAAGUACCCGGUGCCGAUGCGUAUGGUGAAGGGGCACAUGUUCAAGCUGCUCGGGGGGUGGUUCCGGGUACAUACCGACCUGCGGGAUGGGCUGAACCAGCAGCAGCCAGCGACAGUUGACUACAUCAUCAACAUGUGCAAGGAGAUGGCCCAAAGAAACGCGGCGGACCCAUUGCUCCGGCCCCUGCCCGAUCCCCGCCGGCAAACGCCGCCCGAAGGGAAGACCAUGAAGAAAAUCAUUGAGGCCGCGGUUGAGAAGGCGGGCGAGGCCAUUGACCCGCCCGCCGGAAAGGGCGCGAAAACCGCGAGUGAGUAUCGCGAGCAGCGGUUGCAGCUAGGCAAAGUGGCCGUCAGGGCUUAGGGUGGUGAACGUGUUGACGGGUAAAAACGAUUGGUCCCAGCAUGCACUUGAACGUAUGCUGAGGCUCGCUGUCCGAACUUACUGCUUAGGUGAUUGAUGACCGACGGGGUCGGCCACUGGAAACAUUGCGCAAUAAAAUUGCGAGUGCAUCAGAAGGAAAGGCAUCAUAGUAUGCAUCAUCGAGGGGCCAGCCUUGCAUUCUAGGGCAAUCAAGGAACACAAUUUUUUUCAAUUAGUCACAUGCUCUUAGCAAACCUUGAGUAAGACUGCGUGUGAGCAAGUUGCUUUUGCGCCGCGGCGCUGCAGGAUGCAAAUUUCGUGCGCGCAUGGUUGAUUGA